UGGUGGUUUUCCACUCUCUCCGUUAUUACAUGCGCUCCCAUAUAAGACACAAGUCGGGGGGGAGAGGCGGAAAGAUUAUUUGCCUUGCUUUGUAGCCUCACCACAAGAAGACAAAAGAACAAGAGACGGACUUGAGCAAUAAACGGCAUUUUCAGAAAAAAGAAACUCAAACAAGUUUGGAACAAGUGAAGGUAUGGCACAGAAGGAAAAGCUGCAGUGUCUGAAGGAUUUCCAUAAGGACACACUGAAGCCGUCUCCCGGUAAGAGUCCCGGAACGCGUCCCGAAGACGAGGCGGAAGGAAAAGCCCCGCAGCGGGAGAAAUGGGCCAGCAAGCUGGAUUUCGUGCUCUCCGUGGCCGGAGGUUUUGUCGGUUUAGGAAACGUUUGGCGUUUUCCGUACCUCUGCUACAAGAAUGGCGGAGGUGCAUUUCUCAUCCCCUACUUCAUCUUUCUGUUUGGCGGAGGUUUGCCCGUCUUCUUUCUGGAGGUGGCGCUCGGUCAGUUCACCUCUGAGGGAGGAAUCACCUGCUGGGGGAAACUCUGCCCGAUAUUCACUGGAAUCGGCUACGCCUCGGUUAUAAUCGUGUCUCUGCUGAACAUCUACUACAUCGUGAUCCUGGCGUGGGGUCUGUAUUACCUGCUGCAGUGUUUCCAGCACGAGCUGCCCUGGGCGCGCUGCAGACACAGCUGGAACACGGAGAACUGCGUGGAGGACACCGUCCGCAAGAACAAAACCCUCUGGCUCUCCGCCAACGCCACCAACUUCACCUCGCCUGUCACUGAAUUCUGGGAGAGGAACGUCCUCAGCAUCUCUUCAGGGAUCGAUGAGGUUGGUGGUCUGAAGUGGGAGCUGGCACUGUGUCUGCUGGCCGUCUGGGUCAUCUGCUUCUUCUGCAUCUGGAAAGGAGUCAAAUCCACCGGCAAGGUGGUUUAUUUCACAGCGACGUUCCCCUUUCUCAUGCUGAUCGUGCUGCUGAUUCGUGGUGUGACUCUGCCUGGUGCCACUGAGGGCAUCAAGUUCUACCUUUACCCAGAUCUCACCCGCCUGAAAGACCCGGAGGUGUGGAUCGAUGCAGGCACUCAGAUCUUUUUCUCAUAUGCUAUUUGUCUUGGUGCAAUGACAUCACUGGGAAGCUACAACAAGUACAAGUACAACUGUUACAGGGACUGCAUGCUGCUCGGGUGCCUGAACAGUGGUACCAGUUUCGUGUCAGGCUUUGCCAUCUUCUCGGUCCUGGGGUUCAUGGCACAGGAGCAGGGCGUGGCCAUCGCUGACGUGGCUGAGUCAGGUCCUGGUCUGGCCUUCAUCGCAUAUCCAAAAGCUGUCACAAUGAUGCCACUGCCAACAGUCUGGGCCAUACUUUUCUUCAUAAUGCUUCUGCUGCUGGGCCUAGACAGUCAGUUUGUAGAAGUGGAGGGUCAGAUCACCUCGCUGGUUGACCUGUACCCAUCCCUCCUAAGGAAGGGAUACCGGAGAGAAAUCUUCAUCGCUGUGAUCUGCGUCAUCAGUUACCUGCUGGGACUCACCAUGGUCACUAAAGGUGGCAUGUACGUCUUCCAGCUGUUUGACUACUACGCCGCCAGCGGUGUGUGCCUUCUCUGGGUUGCAUUCUUUGAAUGUGUUGCAGUAGCCUGGGUUUACGGGGCUGAUAAUUUCUACGAUGCUAUAGAGGACAUGAUCGGCUACAGACCCAACAGCUGGAUGAAAUGGAGCUGGAUGCUGAUCACCCCCGUCCUUUGUGUGGGUUGCUUUGUCUUUUCAUUGGUGAAAUACAAGCCGCUGACUUAUAACAAGCUUUACGAGUAUCCUGAUUGGUCCAUUGGCUUGGGUUGGGCUCUCGCUUUGGCUUCUAUGAUUUGCAUCCCGAUGAUGGUCGUUAUCAAAAUCAUCCAAUCAGACGGCUCCCUGAUUGAGCGGAUCAAAGCCGUGGCGGCGCCGGUUAAAGGAGGCGCGAGCUCCCGUCCAAAGGAGUACAGCCUGAAGAACAGCGAGCUGCUUCACCCGCUGGACCCCAACGGCAUCCACGCCUUCAGCAAACACACACACACCAUCGUAGAAACUACUAUGUGAGACUCUCUAAGAGAGACUGGUGUUAUUUUUCCUCCUCUGUCCUCUCCUAUGGGAGAUCCUGCUUACCUGUGUCGCCCCCCUCCCUCUCUCUCUGCACUAGUGUGUUUUUACCAAAUUAUCUUAUACUGAUAUAUCUUUUUUGCCAUGUAGGAUUUGUAUUCUGAUUGUAAUCACUGGUAUUAGCAUUAAUGCUGAUAUUGUAAUAACCUGAUGUGAGCUUUAGCCAUUUGAGGCGGUUUGUUUAAUCUGUAGUGCUAUGUUUUUUACAUUUAACCACGUCCUGACCAGGUGCAACAUGAGAUUUACUGCUCGUAUUGCUGCUUUAUUAUUUUUCAUCAUAUCGAGCAGGGUUUUGGAUGCUAUGAGAUCAUUUUCUUAAAGUUCUGGUUCUGUCACUGACCACAGUGAAAUGCUAAUGGUCCAAAAUUGUGUUUAGAUGUACAGUUGAGGUGAGAAUUAUUAGAAUUAUUAUUAUUUUAUAUUUUACUGUUUAAUAUUAGGAUUAUUACUAUUAUUUGUUUAAUGGAGAUUUUUUUCCAGCACAUUUCUAAACAUGAUAGUUUUAAUAACUAAUCUCUAAUAACUGAUUUAUUUUAUCUUUGCCAUGAUGACAGUAAAUCAUAUUUUAUUAGGCAGGUUAGGGUGUAUUAGGCAAGUCAUUGUAUAAUGAUAGUUUGUUCUGUAGACUAUUGAAAAAAAAUACUGCUUAAGGGGGCUUAUAAUUUUGACCCUAAAAUAGUAAAAAAAAAAUACAACCUGCUUUUAUUCUAGCCAAAAUAAAACAAAUAAGACUUUCUCCAGAUAAAACAAUUUUAUAGGAAAUACUGUGAAACAUUCCUUGCUCUGUUAAACAUCCUUUGCAGUGUAAAACUUUAAGACCCUUUUAAGACCACGAAGAUAGAAAUUUCAGACUUGUAUGGGGCUAGACGCUUGGAUUUUUUGACCCAGCAGAAAAAAAAGUGAUAUUUUUAACAUUGUUAAUGUUAAAUAAUGUGUCAAAACAAGCAGACGUUGGUUGUAUACAUACGUUUUUGUUCAACAUAACUUUAAAAGAAUGUUUGCACAACAGACUACAGUUAUAAUAUUAGUUAUACGUAGUUUUGUUAAAAGUUUUAUUGAGAUGUGUUGAUGGUGAUCGGAUCUAUGUUGGAUCAAUUGGGUAACUUUACAUAAACAAAGGAAAAUUAAGACCUGUUUAAAAUUAAUUAAGACUAUUUCAGUGAAUUUAAGACUUUUUAAGGCGUAAAAUUGUGUUUAAGACUCUUUAGGACCCCGUAGACACCCUGAUUUGGGAAAUAUUUGAAAAGAAACAAAAAUCACAUAAAGGCUACUAAUUUUCACUUCAACUGUACAUCAAAAAAUUUUAAAUUAUGUUGUAUGAAGAAUGGGAACAUUGCUUAAACAAUCAGCAAAUAAAACACUGUUUCCAUCUCGUGUUUAAGAAAACAAAAUCAUCACUUCCUGCAAAAACGGCACAAAUUACUAAGAGUUCCGUAUAUCAGUUUUUAUGCCUCAUUUCCACUGAGUUGUACCGUACAGUACGGUUCGGUAUGGGUCACUUUUAUCAGGCUUGUGUCUCCACUGCCAAGUGGUACCAAUGGUACCCUUACCCUAAACUUACAUUUAGACCUUAUUUGGGUUCAUAAACUAUACAAAAUAUAUAGAGUCAGUACAAACCUCUCAUCUUCACAAGCACAUGUAACGUUAUCCUCUUGUUAGAAAGUAGUUUAAGUAUUCCGAGUUCAUAAUAGUCCAAAAGGUGAUGAUAAUAGUAAACAUGGCAGUUUCGUCAUCUUUUAGGUUGCUGAAAGAAUCAUUUGCUCCUUUUUAUCUGAGCUUCCCUCUCACGUUUGUCCAUUUCUGAAAGGAUCGGAUGUCAGAAGCACUUAAUCACGUGCAUGUCCUCAUCAUCAGCUCAAGUUCAUUAUUUCAAAUCAGCAAGCGCACACAAAUCUCCAGAGAAAAGGAAACCACCCUCACUUUUAGACGGCCUUGUAAAACAACAACAGGACAUGCGGCAGAUUCUGCUGCUCUUCUUCUUGGCUUUGUAGCUGUUUAUCCAAACGACAAAAAGGUUUGUUUGAGCUCGAGGCGACCAUGGCUCGUUAUUAUAUGUAUAUAUUAUUACGGUGUAAUGUCUCGCUGUGUAUUUAAAAAUGGCGCUUCCUUUAUUUUCAUUCUCUUGGCUUGUGCACGAGCUAGUGACGUAUCUCUGUAAACCAAUAGCGUUCAGCUGGGCGCCUUGCUCUGCCUUUUGGGACCCUUUUGUCAUGCUAGGUAUCCUUUGAAAAGGGUACCCAAAAAGUGGUAUAUAUCGUUCGCUUUUUGGUACCUUUUGACAUUGGAAACGGCCAUAAAAGCUGUGCCGUACUGUACCACUCAGUGGAAACGAGGCACAACAAAAUCUCAUUGCUCCAAAAAUCUUGCAUGAAUGAAUGAAUCUUGACAUUCUGUAAGGACUUUUAUCGUAGAAAUCUUGUAGCGCCUGGUUGGGAUUGAAUUCAUCAGCAGAGAGAGCGAGUUUUCGCUUGAUUUUUUUAGGACAAUACUUAACAGCAGCGAACUAAAUGUGACAUUUAGCGACAUUAUGACGUCCGUCAGUGCUUGUGGCAGUAAAUCUUGUACGAUGAGGUUCUUAAAUGUUCUUUGUCUUGAAGAAAAAUGAAUGUACCUCCGCAGUGAGCGGACGCUGUGCACAGACAUACACACUCACACUUAUACUGUAAGACAUAAGCAUACUUUAACACUCUGUCCUUUCAGUCUGUCCUUGAACUAUAGUGAUAACUGCCAUUGCACACACAUGGAGCCACUUUAACACUGCAGGCAGCUGUGUUCGCUAAGUUUCAGUUGAUGCACUAAUAUAAGCGUCAUUCACUGUAAGACGAUCCGAGAGCUGAUGGUUAUCAACACCACACAGAGCCGUUCGGCAGCACUUUAUUAGCUGAUCAUGUACAUCGGGGUCUAAAGAAGUCUGAAUACCUACAUUAUUUUUUUUUUUUUAUCUCUUUAAAGAAAAAGCUUCCCCUCUAUAAUAAAUCUGUUGAAAAAGGAAUCUAGUCAGGGAAUUUGUACUUUUUUAAAAAUAAAAUACAUUUACAGAUAAUAUUUUAACUCAUUUAGUAUAUUAAGAAUUAAUAUGUUUAAAAAAAAAAAACAAAUGCAAUUUUAAAUCAAUGUGUAUUCCCUUGGAUUAAAUUGUAUUUUAGUUUAGUUUUUUUUUUUUUUUGGAAAUUUGAAGUUUUUUAUUUUAAUUAUUUAUUUAGAUUUUUGAUUUCCAAUUUAAGAAAAUACAUUUAUUAUCACAUAUGUAUAUAUAUGAGCAAUAUCACACUCGUAGCAGUGCGAUGUGGCCUGGUGGGAGGCGAGCGUUGGCUCGAGGCCAAGUGCCUAAGUGUCCCACCAGUGAUGAUAUACAGCCACAUCGCACUGCUACGAGUGUGAUAUUGUUUUUAUACAACAGUUUGAUUGCAUAAUCGUGUAUAUAAAAAGAAAAUCAAACACAGAGUGUCAAAAAUCCUUUUGUACAAGGAACUACUUUCCCACGCCAUUCUUUCACAUCUGCAAAUAACAUCUGAACAGAAGAAACGGUUGCUCAUUCACCAACAACGACACUUUAGAGCUAGUGUGUGAAUGAUUCUCUAGCGUAAUACCUAGUGAUGACAAAACAAGUUAUUUUGCUCACAUUUUAAAAUUAAGGCCAAGUCUAAGGCUAAACGGCAUGAAAUGCCAUCAGUCUACAGAGAUUUCCCAGUAUUUCUCUGUUGCAAUCGGAUCACAAAAAUUAACCCCAAAUAAAGCCAAAGCAAAGCAAACACUAGCAGAUUACUAUGGUAUAAAUACAGCACUACAACAUACAAAAUAGAGAGAUUGACUUAGAAUGUCACUUACCUGUUUUAUAAUGAUUUGUUCAGCUGUAGGUAGAAUUUUUUUGCUGAGUUUUUCCUCCCUUAAGGACUAAUUAAGGUCUAUGUCGCCAUCUUGUGGCGAAAUGUCAAGUCUCUUUGCUCUGCUCAAUAUGACAGACUGAUGGCCGCCGACAUGAAGAAUCUUCAAAAUUAUAAAUAUUUAAAAUAGGCACUAUCCUUAUUAAUAAACUAAAAAUUGUGUUGUCCAACUGCUGCAAUAUUUGUCAAACUCUAGUGAGUUUAUUGAUCUGCUGUCCUUCUGUGGACGGAGUAAUGCACAAGGGUGAGGAGGCUGUAGGAGUGCUGUUAUUGCAGAAUAUCGCAUGGCUAUCAGCCAAUCAGGUUCGAGAACCAGACAGAACUGUUGUAAAAAAAUUUAAAAUAUUUUUAUAUUUAUUUUAUAUUGUUUUUUUAUUUUUUUAAUUUUAUUUUAUUUCUUUAAGAAAAUACAUUUAUCAAUCAUAUUAAAAUUAAUUUGGCACAGUAAACAGAUACAGUUUUCCAAAAGAAAAUUUUUAUUUGAGAAUUUUAAGUUUAUUUGAAAAAAAUACAUUUAAUUUCGUUUGUUUUAGUUUUGAUUCAAUGUGAAUGCUGCUGAAAUAUGCAUAUAUUGACUUUUAUCAUAUUGUUUUCAAUAUGAAUUUAGAGGGAAAGCUGACAUGAACAAAACCUUGUGCUUCGAUGGACCGUCUGUACAAAGAGUCGCAUGAUCAACGUCACUAAUUUACUUACAUUCGAUUAGUGACCUACAAAUAGCAAAGAAUUGUGAUGAAUUUUAAAUUGGAUUUUGAUUCCCACGCACUUCAGACUUGUGGAGCCCGCAGUAAAUCGCAUGAUUCAGCACAGCCGAACCGCUCCACACCAUAAAACCAUCAGCUUUCAGAAUGAACGCAUGAAACCUGGCCUUUACGUCUUUGCACAGAGACACUGCCACUUCCCUCUCUGGUCUAAGAAUGAGAUUGUGCAAUUGUCUCGAGCCUUAAAUCCUCUAAAUAUUCCAGCUAAUCACCAACAGCAAAGAACUGCCCCUAAAAUAUACCUCUGUGUUUUUUACCUUUGACUGCCCAAUUCUCCAUACACACCAUCCCAUCCCCUUCAGAUCCUCUAGAAUUAUUUUAAACCUUAAUGUCCUAAUUCACCCAAUCUUGAGCUAAACGUUCACUCAGCAAGUGUUUGCUCAUUUGUAGUCUUUUCAUUUAUCUAAAGAUUUGCCUUUUUGUAUUUAACCAUUUUAUACUGUACCUAAUGUGAUUGGUCAUUUGCCUAUAAUUUUCUGAAUGUGUUCAGAAAUUUAUAUUUAAAUGUUGAUUAGUUGUUCAGGCUAAAUGCAACUUGCGGUGUGCAAUAUUUGUAAGCGACUGGCUUUGUCCAUUUUUAUAUAAUUUCAGCUGGAAAAUACUGUAAUAUUAUAUGAAAACAAGAAAUUCAAGAUAAAACUUUUUCCAUUCACAUUUUUGCUGUAAAAGGUAACAUGAUUAAAAACAAACAAAAAAAAUUAUUGUAAACCAAAGUAGUUUUGUGACAGACACCAUUUUAGAUGCAUAUUGCAUCUUUCAGACUAAAUAAAAUGUCCAAUCUUG